CUAAACUUUAAAAUUAUUUAGACAUGCCAACAAAACAUGUGACAGAAUUAUGGAUAUAGAUUUGAGAUUUGUGUUUUUUUUAUUCAUAUGAUAAAUUUCAAAAACAUAAAAUGUUGAAUGAAGAGCCACCUACGUAGCAUGAAGUAAAGAGAGAGGAAAAGUCUUAAGGAGAAAGAAACAAAGCAUCUCUUUCUCUGUCUAUGUUCACAUUAAACCCAACACAACUCUGUCAAAAAGCUUCACACUCUCUUCUCCUUCCCCACCUCUUUGCUCCCUCUCUCUCUCUCUCUCCCUUCUCCAUAAAAAGAGCAUCACUCUCCCAUAAAGUUCCAACAUUUAACACACUCAAAGCUUUGAAAAUCUCUUUUUUUUUCAAACAUGCCUUCUGAUCUCAACGACUCACGUCGAGUAACUACUAAGGUUCCUCACGGAGGAGCUGCGGCGGAGCAGCAAGAACAGCUCCCUUGUCCUCGCUGUGAAUCAACCAACACAAAGUUCUGUUACUACAACAACUACAACUUCUCGCAGCCUCGCCAUUUCUGCAAGUCUUGUCGCCGUUACUGGACUCAUGGUGGUACUCUCCGUGACAUUCCCGUCGGAGGCGUUUCCCGCAAAAGCUCUAAACGUUCUCGAGCUUUCUCCUCCGUCGCCGCCGGAAGCAGGAAUUUCCCGUUACAAGCGACGCCUGUUCCUUUCCCUCCGUCUUCCUACGGUGGCGGCAUCACGGCGGCUAAGGGGAACACAUCGUCUCUCUACGGUGGUUUCACCACUUUGCUCAACAACAACGCCGCUGCAAGCAGACAUGGGCCUGGUGGUGGUUUUAAUGGGCCUGGUAAUGGGCCGGAUGGUUUUGGACUUGGGCUUGGUCAUGGGUCGUAUUUCGAGGAGGUCAGGUUUGGGCAAGGGAUAACUGUCUGGCCCUUUUCAACUGGAGCUACUGAUGCUAACGUAGCUGAUACGAGCCAUGCGGCUCCAGUACACGCUACUUGGCAGUUGGAAGGUCUUGAGAGCAAAGUUGGGUUCGUGGCUGGAGACUACUUGGCGUGGGACUGAGAUACCAGCUUCUUCUUGAGAUAAAAUGUAGCUUUUUAGUUCCUUACUCAGUUUAGUGAUAUCUCUAAGUAGUGUGUGUCUGGUUAUUUUUAGUUGGGUUACCUUUGUUUGUUUUUCUGGCUCUAAUGUUCAUCCCAAAUUUGGUAAUCCAUGGACUACAAUUAUCCACUUUAUUUUUAUCGAAAUCCAAUGUCUGUAUUAAGAGUGUAAAUUAACUUUGUACGUCGUGGAAACAUUAAGAAGAGAGGCAAAGUGUUACAUAUUUACACACGAAAUGCAUGUAGGAAAAUACAAAAGUUUUGACCGGAGUUAGGCUGCACCCAGUAACAUCAAGUGUUUUUGUACCACUAUUAAAGUUGCGUGGAUUAAUGUGAAAUCAACUGAGCAUAGAUGGAUGACCACCACUGUGGAGCAUCCUCUUGAGCAUAUCCA